UUAAAACUGUUUUCUAUGCACGUGCUUAAAGUGUCAUUCCAGAUUAGCCUGUGGAGUCCGCACAGGCUAAUCAGGUACGACACUUUCCGCAUAUACUGGAUUUUCUUUUUGUAGAGACUUCUUAUAAACGAAAAAAAAAACCGGAAAGUGUCCUUCUAGAUUAGUCUGCGCAGUUACCAUAGGCUAAUCUGGGGCGACACUUUACGCACAUGCACCAAGCCCAGUCAUCCCACAACGAGGUUCGAAUGUAUGUUUCAGAGAUAGAACCUUUUGAGCUAUGUGACAGAGAGGCCGUCAAAAUUGUCAUGGCAAACGUUUAUCGUCUCGAUGACGACCGUAUUAUGACCACGGGAAAAGGCGACAACUAUGACUUCCGAGUGUAUGACGUCAAUGUAUAGCCGACAGUGUAGCUCCGGACUAGACUGCGCGAUUGUGCAAGCUGGUCUGGAGCUACGCUGGCCGCAUAAAACGCGACUUAUGUUUUAACUGUUCACAUAUGUAUAACUUAGCAUGUGUGUAAAACAAAAACAAACAGUGAAUAUUAAUACAUGAAAUAACACGUGGACCAUUUAGAUGCAGAAAAUCAAUCAUUUUGUAAAUAAGUAAUCAAUGGUUUGAGAUAAUAAAUCGUUUAUGACGGGAAAAUAAUUUGGAAUAUUUCUUGUAAUUUCGUGAAAAUUGCAGAGACCACACGAUAUGAAAUUACACGUAAGUAUUGUACUUGCCGGAUAAGAAGAAAUGUUUAGACGUAAGCUAUUUUACACAUGGAACCCCGGGAAUCCCAUUGGAGCUACAAUUUGUUUUAAAUUUUUUACGUCCAGUUAUUAAACUUUAGGCUAUUAAUUUCAUGUUGUUUUUCGGCGUAAGCUGUAUUAAGCCAGCUUUUCACCCUGACUUGACCUUUGUAAGUGUCCAAUAAUACUCAAAUAAAAUUUCCCGCGUCUAGGUACGAAUGAAUACACUUCAUUUAUUCCAUUGGCUGAUUUGAGUAUAACACCAGAACAUUGGAAACAUAUCCGCGUCUUUGUAACAAUGUUUUACUGCAUGAAACAAUUUUAUCUCUAAUGAAAAGGCUCAAUAGAUAGAACAGUUUUACAAUCAAUUUUCGACAUAAAUACAGUUUGUGCGUUCACCUUUUAUUUUCAGAGAAUUACCAGCGCAAAAGCGUUUAAACUCUGACUUUCACAAAUGGCCGCGAAUUGAACCGAAACAUCGCGGGUUGAAAUGCAAUGCAAUUCGACACCCUGCACUGGAGCGCCGAUGAAACGUUUUUCUACACAACCAGCGAUAACUUCUGAAAACACAAGGCUCCUGACGUCAUCACGUGGACUAUUCACCAUGGAAACCAACCCACAUCGACGCCUGGGGCUAAACGCAGUCUUCCCUUAUAUUCAACCAAAGAGGCGCCGGCUUCGAGCCGCAUUGCACUCCCAUGGACUAGUGUUAAACCUUUUCAUCGAGGAGCGAUGCAAAGGCCCGGUCUUCUCUGUGCUGUCCAAAUAUCUACUGGACAUUCUGAUAACUGACAAGAUCUUGGUCUUUGGGAAAGAGGCAGUAAAUCCCACCAACGUAUCAUACAUCUUGCGCGGAAACAUACCCGGGCUGAUUCUAGUAAUAUGACAGACGCCGUUAACGUUGCCUUUGGUAAACCUGCCUACCAAACGGACACCAACCGUCCAUAUACGGCGGACCGUGCCGUCGACGAAAAUACGAAAUCGCGUUGAUUGAAGACCAGUCGUGCACACACACAGCGUCUCACAACGUUUCAUGAUGGGUGAAUCUCCGAGCAGAUAUUCCUCAUCCGAAGCGUCAAGAUUUACAACAGGAAUGU